AUGGACGCUUCUCCUGCACCGCCGUCGCCGCCACCGGGGUCUCCCGCCAUCGAGCGGAAGCUGAGCCCGGGGGUGCUCCUCCUCAUCGCGAUCCUGGCCAUGGUCUUCUUCAUCUUCGGCCUGCUCAACCUGCUGGCGCAGAACCUGCUGCGCCUGCGGCGGGCGCGCCGGCUCCGGCGCCGGGUCGGGGACGCCGCGGCUGCGGUGGCCGACGGCAGCAGCCCCACGGCGUUCCAGGGCCAGCUCCAGCAGCUGUUCCACCUCCAUGACGCGGGCGUCGACCAGGCCUUCAUCGACGCGCUGCCCGUCUUCCCCUACCGCGCCAUCGCCGUGGGCCGCCGCGCCCGCGCCGCCGCCAAGGACGACGGCGACCCGUUCGACUGCGCCGUCUGCCUCUGCGAGUUCGCCGACGACGACAAGCUCCGCCUGCUCCCGACGUGCGGCCACGCGUUCCAUGUGCCCUGCAUCGACGCCUGGCUGCUCUCGCACUCCACGUGCCCGCUCUGCCGCGGCAGCAUCCUCGCCGAGGCCGACUACUCCUACUCCAGCCCGUCGUCGUCGUCCUUGCUCCUGCUCCACCACUCGUAUGGCCUCGCCGAGACGGCCGCCAGGGACGGCGGUGAUCCGGGAGAUAGAGGCAGCGACGAGUCACCCAAGGACGACGCGGAGGAGAUCGUGGAGGUGAAGCUGGGCAAGCUCAGGUGCGUCGACGGCAAUGCCAGUGCCAGGGACCUCGCGCCCGACGGCACAGGUAGUAGCAAUGGCGGCAGGGGAAGUCUCGGGCAGAGGCGGUGCCUGUCCAUGGGAUCCUACGAGUACGUCAUGGACGACCACGCCGCGCUCCGCGUCACCAUCAAGGCGACCCCGAAGAGGAGGCCCGCGAGCUCCAGGUCGUCGCGCCGCCGCCACGCGCUGUCGGCGUGCGACCUCGGGUGCCCCAAGAAGGCGGGCGCGUGGGAGACGGCCGUCACGGAGGCCGCCGCCGCGUCCGCGGACGCCGACGGGCGCUGCGGCGACGGCGCCGCGAGCCUGAGCAGGGACAGCUUCUCCAUGUCCAAGAUCUGGAUGGCGUCGGUCGCCAGGAGAGAGGAGGACGGUCGCCGCCCUGGCCCCGCGGCGGAACCGGCAGCCGGCGAGAGACGCGCGGCGUCGUUCCGGUGGCCGGCGAUGGCCUCAGGCUGCAAGAGGCACCACAGAGACGAGGAGCCUUGCGACGUCGAGGCAGGUGGCCCCGGGGACAGUGGAGCGUCGUCUCUUGCAGAAGAGAGGCCGCCGUCGGUGCCUAGGGCGGCGAUGCUUUGGGUCGCCGGCGGGAGGCAGGGAAGCCAUUCGUGA